AUGGCAAGGAAGAAGGUGAAGCUUGCAUAUAUUACUAAUGAUUCCGCAAGGAGAGCAACAUUCAAGAAAAGAAGAAAGGGCUUGAUGAAGAAAGUCAGUGAACUGAGUACAUUAUGUGGGGUCAGCGCUGGUGCAAUUGUUUAUGGGCCAUACGAUCGAACACCAGAAGUAUGGCCGCAACAACCAGAAGCACAUCGUGUAAUGAUGAGGUUCAAAAGCUUGCCAGAGAUGGAUCAAAGCAAGAAACAAUUGAAUCAAGAAAGUUUCAGGUAUAACCAGAUAGGGAAGGUAAUCGAACAAUUCAAGAAACAACAACGUGAAAAUCGUUAUAUGAAAAUCAAAGAGAUGUAUAAUCAUGCUGUGGCUGGUAAGUGUUCUAUAUCUCAUGUUCAUCCUAGUGAUUUAGGUGAUUUAACCUGGGUUCUUGAAGACAAAAAGAAAGCAGUUCAACGCAAACUGUCCGAACUUAAAAAAUCUCCAAAAUCAGUAUUACAAACGACUCCUGCUAAUACUAGCAGCGCUAUAUUUACUACGCCUACUACUAGUCAUGCCAAUACUACUGCUACCCCUAAUCCUAGUACCAGUACUAUUCAUACUAAUAUUAGUGUUGGUGGUUCGAAUGGAUCUGGUAUAAAUGGUGGUACUAUGGCUGGUGGUACUGGUAUGUAUGGCGGAGUCGUCAACAAUGGUACUGGUGGGCAAGAAAGGAUGACACCAGAUCAUCCGAGACAAGCCAUGGAAGCUUUACAAAACCAACCAUGGUUCAUGGAUGUAAUGAGCCCACCUUCAAUUCCUCAGCCUGAUGACCAAAUGGUGAAUUAUGUUUACUUUCUUGGAGGAGAUCAGAACAAUAAAAAUAAUAAUCAGAUGAUGGUUGGAGGAGUUUCACCACCAACAAUAACACCGUCUUAUAACGGCGGCACUCUUGGAGAUAUCUUCAACAAUAAUAAGGCUUGGAUGGUGCCUGCCAAUAAAUCUUAUGUUCCCAUGAACAACAUCGAUACAUCCGCGAACAAGAUUUAG